ACUAACCAGAUUGUUUUGUUUCCCUCCAACGAACCACCGAACUGUUAAAAUUAAGUAGAUCUGAUCUAGAAUCUAGAUCUAGAUCUACAUCUUGACUCUAGCUAGAUCUACUAAUACUACUAUACUUGUAGUAGAUCUAUAUGUAUCAACUUUACCAUGUCCAGUCAUCAAACAGAAGUGUUGCAUGCUCAGCUAAUAAGCAAAGCAGUUCUACGUCCUGAUGAAAAUGAAUUGUAUGAGUUGACAUAUUAUGCUGGAAUUAUUAUGGACCCUCAAGUAUUUAAGAUCAUCCUGGAUUUGCUAAAGCUAAAUGUCCCACCAUUAGCUAUUAUACAAACUCUCCGCUCUAUGUGCUCACAACACCACCCUCAUGCAACUUUCAGUGGUGGUGGUGAACCUCACUCAAACAUUACCCUUAGCCGAGGAGAUUCCAGCCAAAACACAUCAAGAUUUCUUCAAGGUUCUAGGUCCGCCUCAGGAGAGCGCUUAGUAAGGGGUGCUAGUUCAGAUAGGCAGAAUAAAAAUUUAAGUAGUGACUAUCCACCACAGACUGAUCGGCGUGAUGGAAACAGCUACUCAUUAAUCUCUUCUAACAGCCAAAAUAGAGACAGGCAAAUUCCAGACAAUACUUAUUCAAAUGCAGGGUCAAGAAAUCCAGACAGGUUCAUUCAGUCAACCAAAACUGCUGAAAGUUUUAUAACAACUAGGCCAAGGAACACCUCAGCCGAUUAUAAAACCUUCAAGGAAAAGGAAAAAGCUGUUAAAAAGAAGUAAUCAGUUUAGUUUAUAUGUUGAAAAGCAUUUUAAGAUAUUUAAAAAUUGUGAUAUGUAAUUAAUUAUUAACUAUUAUAUAGCCUGCACAACUUUUCUAGGAUAUUUGUCUCAUUAAGAUAAUUAAUUUAAUAAAAUUCUUCAUUAUAAAAUAUAUUUUAACUUUAGGUUGUAUUUUUACUAGAGCUAUAUUUCACAAUCAUGUUUUGAACACAAGUCUUUUUGUACUUAAAAAUAGUAUUUUAGAUAUAAUAUAAUGUAAAAGCUUUUGAACUUUUAUGUUUUAAAUCAAAAUAAAUGAUGUUUUUUUAUUACAUACACAAAACUAUAUAGAUUCCUUGUAUGAUUUUCAUAUUGCCUACUCAACUUAUAAUAUUACUUCUGAAUUGUGUCCUUAGAUGAAAUGUUAUCAACACUUUGCCUAUUCAUAAUCAUCUCUUUAUAUGUCAAAGAUUUGAUUGUAUGUUUACAACAUUCAAGUUUUAAUUUGCAGUGUUAAAAUAAGGCAGCUUUUAAGUUUCAAACAUUUUUAAUGUAAUGUAUUUGAAAAAUAAACCUUUUUUUAAUUGCACAAGA